AUGUCCCAAGACCAACUUGCGACACCAGCUCAAGCAGCACCGACACCAGACAUGAUGACAAUGAUGAUGCAAAUGAUGCAACAACAAACACAGCUUAUGCAACAAAUGCAACAGGAGAAACCUUUAUGGAAACCUACAAAGAAUCCUCAAGAUCUUGAAGCAGGACUCAAUGCUCUCAGGAAUGAUUACAAGCGUGAACGUAUGACCAUGAAGAAAGGUGAAGAAGAUUACGAUCCGAUCGAAGAAGACGAAAUCAAGUCAACAGCUUCGACAAGAACACUACAAGCAGAGAGGGAACAAGACGACUUCCUCCCUAAGUCCCAAAGACUUUACGUUCUCGAGUUCUUUACAGUCCCAGCAUUGAGAUCAAUGCGCAAUUGGAAAGGUCGUGUUCCAAUGGGUUCCAACAGAAGAGAACUCCUCAUGUCCGCCAUACUUCUUGUUAAAACAAAGGCAGAACUUAUGGACUUCAUUCUUUCAUCAUGCCCCGAUGAAAUCUAA